AUGGAAGUUAUCAAACAGCUCGGCUCAUAUCAAGUUCAAGAUUUUCUAAAUAAAAGCAAUACAUGCCAAAUAGUUCUAGCAAGAAAUGAAAAGGAUGGCGAACUCUACGCUUGCAAGAUUUUCGAUCGUAAAGAAAUAACAAAGUUAAACUUGUUUGGACGGCUUGAGCAAGAGCUUCGUGUUAUACAAAAUAUAAAGCAUCCUGGAAUUAUUGGUGUUAAAGAGAUUUUAUACUUCCCAGAUUACAUUAUGAUGGUAAUGCCUUUUUACCCAUUCGGAACUCUUCAUGACAAAAUACUUGAUGAAGGUCCUUUUACAUGGCAAACAGCUUGCAAAUGGUUACAAGGGCUUUGUCUUGCUGUUUCUUAUCUCCACUCAAAGAACAUCUCUCAUAGAGAUAUCAAGCUAACCGAUAUCAUGGUUGCACCAAAUCAGACACCAAUAUUGAUCGAUUUUGGAUUAUGUUAUGAAGUUGUCCAAAUGGAAGAAAACUUGAGGAGUACUGUAUGCGGAACACUCGAAUACACGGCUCCAGAGGUAUUGACAGGCCAACUUUACGAUCCAUUAAAAGUUGAUGUCUGGGCUUUAGGAGUUUGUUUCUAUACAAUGCUUUUUGGUCAAUUCCCAUGGAAUGGAACCGACAAGCAAAUCACAAAAGGUAUCGUUACAGCCGAACCUUAUAUUCCUCCUUGCACGCCCUUCAUUACUAUUAAAAUCAUCAAAAUGAUGUUGAACAAGAACCCAGAACAGAGAGAAAAAGUUGAUGAAGUACUUCGUGAAGUCGAUGGCGCACUAAACUUUACUAGAACAUUGACAAAAACAGCAGUUGGAAACAAACUUCUUCUCAAACCGAAAAUCAAUACUAAGAAGACAUUACAAAUGCUCAAGUUAUUCUAA